AUGGCGGCGCUCGACACCGCGGCCGUCGAUGACCAUGUCACCAGACUCACCUUACGCCUCAAGUAUGAGACACCCGAGGAAAACUUGGUCGACAUGGUGCUCGCCCACCCUGUGGCGCGGCGCGUGGAGGAGAUCCGGCUGGUCGCCAAAGAAUGGAUGAGCGACGCGUACUAUGACGGAGAGAUCAUCUGGGAUUGGAUAGGCACCUACACGCUCACCAUCGACAACCUACCGUGGGAGACCCUCCGCAUGCUAGAUCUCACCAACUGCCAGGGCCUCUACUAG